UUGCACAGGACAGCACUGGAGUGAUUCCAGUAGAACUAACAUCUUUGCAAUAUCUCACACAUAUAGUAAUUGAUCAAAAUUACAUGUCUGGCACCUUGCCUGCUUUUAUUGGAAAUUUAACUCGGUUGACAUAUUUGUCAAUGGGUCACAAUGAAUUUUCAGGGUCUCUCCCAAAGGAGCUUGGAAACCUUAAGGAGUUAAAUUUUCUAGCUAUAGGUUCUAACAAUUUCUCUGGAACACUACCUCCAGAAUUGGGUAACUUAGCCAAACUAGAUCAACUUUACAUGGAUUGUUCUGGAGUGGGUGGUGAGAUUCCCUCAACAUUUGCUAAUCUUCAAAAUAUGCUAAUUAUGUGGGCAUUUGAUUGUCCUCUAUCAGGCAAAAUACCUGAUUUCAUUGGGAAUUGGACCAAGCUUAUAGCGCUGAGAUUUGGAGGAAACACUUUUCAAGGUCCUAUACCAUCCAGCUUUUAUAACUUGUCCUCGUUGACUGUCUUGCAGAUCACUGAUAUAUACAGCGGGAGCUCCUCUCUUGAUUUUAUAAGAAAUAUGACGAAGUUAACUGAAUUAUCUCUAAGAAAUGCUUUGAUCAUCGGUAACAUUCCAUCUAACAUUGGAGAAUAUCUAAUGUUAAAGACUCUGGACUUGAGUUUCAACCACUUAACUGGUCAAAUCACUAGUGCUUUGUUUAGUAUUGAUGCUCUUACUAACUUGUUUGUCGGAAACAAUAGUCUGUCAGGACCUCUUCCUUUGCAAAAAGGUGUAAAACUUCAAACCAUAGAUUUAUCUUACAACUAUCUAUCAGGAACUUUUCCCUCGUGGGUGACUACUGUUGGAAUGCUUCUUGUUCCUGGAUUGAACUGCCUCCAGAGAAAUUUCCACUGCAAUAAUAAUUCUCCUCGCUAUUCAAGGUUAGCAAUCAAGUGUGGUGGUAAGCAGUCGAGAGUUGGCAAUACAGUUUAUGAGGACGAUAACAUUGAUGGAGCUUCUUUUGGUGUAUUUAAUUUAGAAAAAUGGGCACUUAGUAAUAUGGGUUUGUUUUCUGAAGGACGAUUUAGAACACUUAUUCAAAAUGAGGGCUCAAAAGUGAUUAACACCACAACCCCAGAUCUUUAUCAGACUUCAAGACAGUCACCUGGGUCACUUAGAUAUUAUGGACUUGGUCUUGAGAAUGGGCCUUACAAUGUUAGCUUGUUCUUUGCUGAAAUAGUUUAUGAAGAUCGAGCCUCAAGAAAAUGGGAGAGUCUUGGAAGGCGUGUCUUUGACAUCUAUAUUCAGGGCACUCUUUGUUUGAAGGAUUUUGAUAUAUCAAAGGAAGCAGAUGGGGUUAGAAGAGAAAUUAGGAGGAGCUUUAAUGCUACUGUGUCUGAUAAACAUCUUGAAAUUCACCUAUUUUGGGCUAGUAAAGGGACCUGCUGCGUGCCUGCCGCAGGUAGUUAUGGACCAUUAAUUUCAGCUCUUAGUGUCACUCCAGGUUUUCCACCAACUGUUGAUAUUGAACAAACUGUUAAUAUUGAACGAAAGAAGAACCAGACUGGGUUGAUUGUUGGUAUUGCAGUCACGCUUGCAAUUUUGGGGUUCAUACUGAUAUUUUUAGUUUUCUAUACGAGGAUGAAAAGAGAAAACAAUGAUGCGGAAGUGCUACUUGGAAUGGGACCUAAGCCAAAAUCUUUCACUUAUCUUGAGUUGGCAUCUGCAACAAAAGACUUUGACCCUUCAAAUAAGCUAGGAGAGGGAGGGUUUGGACCUGUGUACAAGGGUAUGCUUUCUGAUGGAAGGGUGAUAGCUGUGAAGCAACUUUCACUAGGAUCCAACCAGGGGAAAGAUCAGUUUACUAAUGAGAUCACUACCAUAACUGCAGUGCAACAUCGCAAUCUUGUGAAAUUGCAUGGAUGCUGCAUCGAAGGAACUAGACACCUCCUUGUUUAUGAAUAUCAUGAAAACAAAAGCCUCGAUCAAGUAUUGUUUGGAAAUAGGGAGUUACAUCUCGAUUGGCCUACCCGGUUUAAUAUAUGCUUGGGAACCGCAAGAGGUCUAGCAUAUCUUCAUGAGGAGUCAAGGCCAAAAAUUGUGCAUCGAGACAUCAAAGCAAGUAAUAUUUUACUUGAUACAGAACUUUGCCCCAAGAUAUCAGAUUUUGGAUUGGCAAAGCUAUUUGAUGAUAAGAAAACUCACAUCAGCACAGGGGUUGCAGGGACCAUCGGCUAUCUAGCACCGGAGUAUGCAAUGCUUGGGCACCUGACGGAGAAGGUUGAUGUAUUCAGUUUUGGUGUUGUUGCUUUGGAGAUUAUCAGUGGAAGAGCAAACUCUAGUACUAACUUGGAUAGGGAAAAGAUUUAUCUUCUCAAAUGGGCCUGGAGUCUUCAUGAAAGUAACCAAAGUUUGGGGCUGAUAGAUCCCACAUUAACAGAGUUCAAUGAAAUCGAAGCUUUAAGAGUAAUAGGAGUGGCUCUCUUGUGCACUCAAGCAUCACCAAUGUUACGGCCACCAAUGUCUCGUGUUGUGAACAUGCUUGCUAGAGAUAGAGAAAUUGGACCUGUUACUUCGAAGCCAAGUUAUUUGACUGAUUGGGAUUUUAAGGAUACAACAAACAGCUUUAUGAAGGGAGAUAUUGUUACAACCUCAUCGAAAAGAAGUUACAUUGGAAAGAAUAGCCAAUACGACAAUGCAACUGAUCUUUGCCCUAAAGUUGACCCGUUGCUCUGUCCAGUAAAUGCCAGUCAGCUCAGUGACAUAAUUGCAGAUGGGAGGUGAGAAAUUUCUUCACUCAAUGAAACUGAGAGAAUAAUACUGCUUCUGGCUUUUGUGCUGCCAAAGACAGUCCAUACAACUAAUUAAACUUAUUGAUGUUGGCAGCAUUAUAGAACGCCAAACUGUUUUAGGAAGUAUAAUGUUUUGUAGUUAUCCUCAUAUAAUUUUAGAUGAUGAAUUUGAA